CGUUGAACGUCCUCUUUAUUGCACCCCCUCCGCCAACCAUGCAGCGCACGCUUGUUCUGACUGUCGGAAGACACAUUGCCCUCAGGAAAAAGGUCUAUUCGCUUAGUUUUCGACCUGCUGCAGCCAUGUCUACACUCCUCAUUAACCAGCCGAAAUACGCAUGGCUGAAAGAACUAGGUCUCAAAGAAGACAAUGACGGUGUUUACAACGGGACCUGGGGAGGCAAGGGUGAGGUCGUCACUUCAUAUUGUCCUGCCAACAACGAACCAAUUGCUAGAGUGCGCCAGGCAACCUUGGCAGAGUAUGAGGAGACUGUGAAGAAGGCCACAGAGGCAUGGAAAGUCUGGGCUGAUAUUCCUGCUCCCAAACGAGGUGAAAUCGUGAGGCAAAUUGGUGAUGCGUUGCGGCAGAAGAUCAAAGUCCUGGGCAGCUUGGUUUCGCUGGAGAUGGGGAAGAUCUAUGUAGAGGGUGUCGGGGAGGUGCAGGAGUACGUUGACGUUUGUGACUAUGCUGUUGGCUUGUCUCGCAUGAUUGGCGGUCCAGUCCUUCCUUCAGAGAGACCGGGCCAUGCCUUGAUUGAACAGUGGAACCCUGUGGGUAUGGUGGGAAUCAUCACGGCCUUCAACUUCCCUGUGGCUGUCUACGGUUGGAACAACGCCAUCGCCCUCAUCUGUGGCAACGUCUGUCUCUGGAAAGGAGCCCCUACAACCCCUCUUACAAGUGUUGCUGUAACCAAAAUUGUAGCUGAGGUGCUGGAGAAGAACAACCUCCCUGGUGCCAUCUGUUCUAUGACCUGUGGUGGUGCUGAUAUUGGCACAGCGAUGGCCAAAGAUGAGCGUGUGAAUCUGGUGUCCUUCACUGGCAGCACAAAUGUAGGCAAGAUGGUAUCUAUGAUGGUCCAAGAGAGGUUUGGUCGUCAGUUGCUGGAGCUUGGUGGGAACAACGCCAUUAUCGUCUUUGAGGAUGCUGACCUGAACCUGGUGGUGCCGGGUGCGGUCUUUGCUGCUGUGGGCACUGCUGGGCAGCGCUGCACCACCACCAGGAGACUGAUGCUGCACGACAGCGUCCAUGAUGAAGUGGUGGAGAGGAUAGCCAAAGCCUACAAACAAGUCCGCAUCGGAGACCCUUGGGACCCCAGCACUCUGUAUGGGCCUCUUCACACCAAGCAAGCCGUGGACCAGUACCUUGCUGCUAUCGAGCAGGCCAAGCAGCAGGGUGGAACAGUGGUGUGCGGAGGAAAGGUAAUGGAUCGCCCAGGAAACUACGUUGAGCCCACUAUUAUCACAGGGCUAGCCCACGACGCCCCCAUUGUCCACACAGAGACCUUUGUCCCCAUCCUCUACGUCCUCAAGUUUAAGACUGAGGAGGAGGCCUUCGCCUGGAACAACGAGGUCAAGCAGGGCCUCUCCAGCAGCAUCUUCACUAAGGACAUGGGCAGGGUCUUCCGCUGGCUCGGGCCCAAAGGAUCUGACUGUGGCAUUGUGAACGUCAACAUUCCAACCAGCGGGGCUGAGAUUGGUGGAGCCUUUGGUGGUGAGAAACACACAGGAGGAGGCAGGGAGUCAGGAAGCGACUCUUGGAAGCAAUACAUGAGAAGAUCCACGUGCACAAUCAACUACAGUAAGGAUCUUCCUCUGGCACAGGGAAUCAAAUUCGAGUGAAGUAGGACUUCAAGUGGACGCCAUCUGGAUUUCAACAUGCCUCAACUCGGCACACUGCACUCUCUUGGAAAAGCAAUAACAAAUCUAACGCAUCUAACACAAUCUUGCUUGCAUUUGAUAUUUCACUUGCCUUCAGAAUUAGUUUUUGUUUGUCCAGUCAUACAUAUUGUCAUACAAUAGUUAUGUUCGGUCAACUACAAACUUUGAACUCCCACUUUAAAAAAAAAAAAAGAAAGAUAUGGUUAAUAUGCUUUUUUCUUUUUUUGUGAUUUACAUGUUAGAAGAUCUAUUCCUAUUUAGCAAUUUUUUUGUAUAGAGAUGCUGAUGUCAUAGAAAAGGUCAAUAACAAUUAACUAUUAAUGUGCAUUCUCUCCCUCUCUAAGCACUUCCCUGACUAAGCUGCCUUCUACAAUCUAGUACAUUGUACAAUAAAUCAUGCCUUUAUUUUGGAAA